CAUUUGGUACAAACUUGAUGGAACAAACAGCAGAGGAUCAAGGUGAAGUGCGUUCUGGCGUGCUGUCUUGAAUGAAGGGCUUGCAAAUCUUCUAGAGGGAGAAGAGAAACUGAAGAUGGGAGAAAAGAAACAAUAAAAGGCCAAAAAACAUGGUUGUGUUGUUACAUCCUUAAAUGCAAAUAUUGCUUUUGAUGUGUAAAUAUGGUCAGGCAGAGAUCAGUUGACCUGAUUGUUGUAAAUGGAUCAUUAUGGCUCAUGAUAAAACAUGACUGCUUCAGUUCUCAAUUCUGAUGUCAAAACUGGAAAUUACUCCCUGAUAGUACAACCGAAGCUUUGGCUUUCAAAGGAAGUCUCUCUUAAAUUUAUUAUCCCUCUCUCUAUAUUAUUAUGAAUAAUACUUUUAUCAUUUCUUAUCUGAUUAGGACUAUUUAUAUCUCUCUCUAUAUUAUUGUUAUUGUGAAUAUUCUUUUUAUCAUUCCUUAUCUAACUAGUAUUAUUUGUAUCCCUAUAAAUAAUCUCUACAUGUACUUUGUAUAGCCAAACUAUUCAAUAUCAAUAAUCUUCCCAGAAUUAUUGUUCUUACCUCACGGAGAACAUUCCUCAUUAAUCGCCCAGUUAUUACAUUAGCUAACCUAAACCUUGCGCCAUUUCUCUAUCUAUAUAUAAUAUAUAUAUGGCUUCUCAUACUACGCCAUGCAUGGCAGCUUUAUCAUAUUUGCUUUUGCUGCUCUCCUCCUUCUCGCAAUGCCAAGCGCAGCUCUCCCCUACAUUUUACAACAAAACAUGCCCUAAUGCUCUAAACAUCAUUCGCACUGUCGUAAGGCAAGCCGUGUCCACUGAGCGUCGCAUGGCUGCUUCCUUGGUUCGUCUCCAUUUUCACGAUUGCUUUGUCCAGGGUUGCGACGCUUCUAUCUUAUUGGACGAGUCAUCGACCAUUAAGAGCGAAAAGACAUCAUUGCCCAAUCUUGGCUCUGCCAGGGGUUAUGAUGUGAUAGAGGCUGCAAAGGGAGAGCUAGAGAAAGCUUGUCCUGGUAUUGUAUCUUGUGCUGAUGUAUUGUCUGUGGCUGCACGUGAUGCGAUUGCUGCUGUGGGAGGUCCGUCUUGGACCGUGAAGCUGGGAAGAAGAGAUUCCACCAUGGCUAGUCGUAUCAUAGAUCUCCCUAGCCCUUUUGACAAUUUGGAUAGACUUAUAUCUAGCUUUGCAAGCAGAGGUCUUAAUACAAGAGACAUGGUUGCCUUGUCUGGUGCACAUACUCUCGGCCAAGCUCAAUGCUUCCUAUUUCGCGAUAGAAUAUAUGGCAAUGGUACUGACAUUGAUGCCGGUUUUGCUAACACUAGAAGACGGAAUUGUCCAAAAGACACCGGAAAUGGAAAUUUGGCACCCCUUGAUUUGGUGACACCCAAUUCCUUUGAUAACAACUACUAUAAGAACCUGUUGCAAAAGAAAGGUCUGCUUCAAUCGGAUCAAAUUCUAUUUAGCGGUGGAGCAACAGACAACAUAGUUUCAGAAUAUGCAAGGAGCCCUCAGGCAUUUCAAGCAGAUUUCGCGUCAGCAAUGAUUAAAAUGUCUGAAAUUCAACCUCUCACAAGUCAAAAUGGGAUCAUUAGGAAGGUUUGUAGUGCUUUAGACUAGCUUCAUUUCUUCAAUUUAGUUUUUCCUCUCCAUCAAUUUAAUUAAUUGUAAUCUCUUUUUCA